AUGAGCGAGUUGAGCGGUCUCAGAUAUCGGGCUGAUGUGAUAGCGAUAAGUAUUCACGGGUGUUCUGGAAACAUAGGUGGAGUGCAUGAGCACAGUGACUUCACUAGCGGUCUGUCGACGGGAUUAAUAGACUACACGCUCGUAGAGAGCAGUCUUCUCCAACCUAUGUGGUACUCUGCUCGUGGACCAGAUGUUUUAUUUGCUCCUUUCCCCUUGUCAAGGAUCACAUGGGUAAUGGUUGGAAUGGACUCCGACGACACAACUUUCUUGCGCUGUACUCAGACGGCCGAACCAAUGAGUGUCAUCGCUGGUGGCCAUUUGAUGUCUGCCCAAUGCCAACCUGUCGGGUAUGCCCAGGUUGUAGCCCUGUUUUCCCAUGUCAUCGCGGCCGUCACCUGCGUCGGCAUCAACGUUCGCUGGACUCCUGGAGGCAAACGAGAGAAAGCUUAUUCCUCUCUGAGAAGGGUAUCCUGGUGGUCGUUCACUCGUGGGAUUGGUGCCAAGCCGACGCAUAUGUUAGUUCUUAUAUGCCCCCAAAUCACUCAUGGGCCUCCCGUCUAG